GUCUAUAUUUCUGGCACAACAUUGUGUGCUGUUGAUUUUUUGUUUACUCUUGGAGUCUCGACUUUAUCAAAUUUAAAUAUUCAAACUGGAUCAUUUGGAAAUUGGUCCAUAUUCUUGUUAUUUAUAACAAAAAAUUUUAGGUUAUCUUAAUAUUUUAUUAUUAAUUUAAUUUAAAACUUCAAAAAUAAAAAUGUCAGGCGAAGAAGAAACUUCAAAACACUUACCAUCUACAUCUGAAGAAACAAAUAUCACUGAACAAAGCAUGAAUGAAGGUGAUCCAAAUGCAGGUGCAUUAGUUGUAGUUCCUGAAGAAAAAGCAUCGUCUUCAGAUGAGUAUAUUCGUUUACGUGUAAUCACCAGUGAUUUGACCAAUGAAGUACAUUUUCGAGUCAAAUCCGCAACAACUUUGGGCCGCCUGAAACGCUCAUAUUGUAACAAACUAGGUUUUUCAGUUGAAGAGUUACGUUUUGUUUUUGAUGGACAUCGAAUCACCGAUGAUGAUACACCCAAAAAAUUAGGCAUGAUGAAUGAUGAUGUUAUUGAAAUUUAUCAAGAAAGAUCUGGUGGUAUGUAAAUUAUGUUAGAACUAUUAAUUGAUUAUAAUAAUACUUAUAUUUAAUAGGUUUAUGUACGUAAAUAAUUCAUUUUGGAUUUGAU